AUGGCCACCAGCCGCAAGCGCAAGGCCGACGAGGACGGCGACGAGAUGUCCCUCUCCCCGCGAAGCUCCCCCUCCGCCUCGUCGAGACAACUCUCCCGACCCUCGAAAAAAGUCCGCUCCAAUGAACUCGUCGGCCGCCCGCUCACCCUGCCCCGACUCCUCGAGACCCUGGAUCCUACUCAGCUGCGAACCGUCCUAGAGCGAAUCUGCGAGCGCCACCCAGAAAUCGGCCACGAGGUCGUCAGCAGCGCCCCCCGACCGACCGUCGAAGCCGCUCACGGCGUUUUGCGGGAGUAUCAGGAGAAGAUGAAGGUGGCCAUUCCGUACGGCGAGACGAGCCCAGAUUACACCUAUUACCGGGUCAAGGCACCCCUGACGGCUCUCAUCGACGCCCUCCUCGACUUUACGCCGCAGUACUUGCCCCCUAACGAAAGCCAAACCACCAUUUCUCUGCAAUAUCUCGACGGCGCCACCAAGAUCAUUCACCAACUCCCCGACUGGGAGCCUCAGCAAUACCGCCACCACAAGGAAAACGCAUACGACGAGAUCUCCAAGGCCUGGGCCCUGGUCAUCAACGAGGCGGCCAAGCGCGGAGGAGGACUCAGCCUGCACACGGGCGGAUGGGACCAGACCCUGGCGAAGCACCAUGAGAUUUCCGGCGGACGCAUGGGCACUGCGAUGAACGCAAUGGCGGCGGGAGUGAGUUGGAUGGCCAACAACUCGUCAAACGGACAACCCACAAACCCAGCUUCGGACCCGAACUCGAUUCUCAACCAGCUCAUGUCGGGAACGUAUGGGGCACCUGUGCGGGUCGGACCCUGGUAA